AGCUUCAGCAGCAGCAGCAGCCGGAGAGGGGAGACUGAGUGACGGGCGGCUGAAGCAGCGGCAGCAGCAGCACACUGCGGGGGAGGAGCGCGGCUGAGCCCCGCUGCACUGUGUAUGUUUUAGCUAUCACUCCGGCUUCUCCUCCAGCGCAGUUACAGCCGACGCUCCACCGCCAGCUCUGACACGACAUGAGCAGCAGCAGGCACGGGAACCCUCCGGACUAAAGACCCGAGAGAGAGAGAGAGUCGCCGACCGAGGCUGGCUGAACCCCCGCGGGCUGCCGGGCUGAUACACGCCGAGCGCGGCCGGGCGUGAGGCGGCUUAGACGCGCCGCUCUCUCUAACCUGCCUGGGUCCAUCCGGGCGGAGCUUCUCCACACUUUUCUCCCAGCGUGCAAGGUGGAUUUAUAGAGACACCGGGUGCCUUAAUACCUGUCUUCUUUGGUGGGACUUGUUUAAAUCACCGGUCCGCGUCUUUAAGGAUGGAUUUCACCCCGGUCUCCGUGGCUCUGUGCCUGCUGGCCGUGUGCGUGUGCGCGGCGGAUAAAGCCAAGAGCUGCACCGAGGUCCGUCACUUCUACAGCGGGAAGGGCUUCACCCUGAACGGGGUACCCAACUCGGAGAUAUCCGGUGAGCAUCUGCGCGUCUGCCCUCAAGGAUACACCUGCUGCACCAGCGCCAUGGAGGAGACCCUGUCCAACCUGAGCCGGAGGGAGUUUGAAGGACUGGUCAGAGAGGCUGGACGCUCCAUCCAAGCUACGCUCAACGCCCAAUACAGGAGCUUUGAUACAUACUUCAUAGAACUUCUGAAUGGAUCCGAGCGCUGGCUGGAGGAAGCAUUCGUUAAAGCCCUGGGGGCUCUGUAUGGGCCCAAUGCGGUGGUCUUCCGUGAUCUGUACUCGGAACUGCGGCGCUACUACAGGGGCGCGGCGCUGAACCUGGAGGAGGCUCUGGAUGAGUUCUGGGCUCGUCUGCUGGAGCGAAUGCUGAAGGCCUCUGACCCGGCCGCUGCUUCGCUCAUCUCUGACGACUUCCUGGAGUGUGCGUCCAAGCAGGCCGAGACUCUGCGUCUGUUCGGUGAAGCCCCUCGCGAGUUGAAGACCCGGCUGGUGCGCGUGUUCGUCGCCGCCCGUGCUUUCGUGCAGGGCUUAAACAUGGCCGGAGAUGUCGUGAGGAAGGUUUCUCAGGUUCCUCUGACUCCUGAAUGUAACCGUGCCAUUAUGAAGCUGGUGUACUGCCCGCACUGCCGGGGCCUGGGCUCCGUCAAGCCCUGCGCCAAUUACUGCAAAAACGUCAUGAAGGGCUGCCUGGCUAACCAGGCCGACCUGGACACGGAGUGGCAAAACCUCAUAGACACUAUGCUGCAGGUGGCCUCGAGCUUCGGGACAGAACCAAGCAUGGACGUAAUUCUCCACUCCAUCCCUGUGCGCAUCUCAGAGGCUGUGCAGCACAUGCAGGAGAACAUGGAGCUCUACACCAACAAGCUUUUCCAGGCGUGUGGGGAGCGGGGAGAAGAAGGAACACCGACCUCAGUGUCUGAGGAGCCUAAAAAGAAGGAGAGCACAGUGACGACGCUGGAGUACAAACCCAGCUCUGCUGCUGCAGUCAGACUAGAGGUGCAGGUCUCUGAUGUGUCGAGUAAGCUAAAGGAGAUGCAGAUGUUCUGGAUCCAGCUGCCCUCUGCUCUCUGCAACAGUAAAGCGGCGUCCGGCUCCUCCAACAACGACAAGUGCUGGAACGGCAUGGCCAAAGCCAGGUACCUGCCUGAGAUCAUGGGAGAUGGACUGGCCAAUCAGAUCAAUAAUCCAGACGUGGACAUCGACAUCACCAAGCCAGACAUGACAAUACGACAGCAGAUCAUGCAGCUGAAAAUCAUGUCCAAUCGUCUGAAAAACGCUCUGGAUGGAAACGAUGUGGAUUUCCAGGACACAAGUGAUGACAUCAGCGGCUCAGGCAGUGGAAUGUGCAGCGAGCAGGUCUGUGUCCGGGGGCCGCCUGUGUUCGGACCCAAACUGGACCGACCCAAACUGGACGUCUACAACCCAGCAAAGAACAAAGCGAAAGGCUCUGGAUAUCAGAUUCAGCCCUGCAUCUCCUUAAUUCUGCUGCUGCUCGUCAGCCUCCUGCUCAGACGUUAACGGGCCAGACAGCGGACUGGAACCAGGCAGAAGGAGUUGUGGGUGCCUAACACAGCUCAUAGAGGGAGCACUAGAUCGCCAUUCCAAAACCACGGUCUUGGAGAUGACCUUUUGUGAGGGAUGGCCUCUGGAAAACAUUAAGAAUGUAGUCAUUGUCUGUCCUUGUGCUGAUUUGAGUAGCGGACCCCAUCCUGACGUACUGGAAGGAGGAGGGACCAGGGGAGGAAGUGAGGCCUACAGGGGCUGGUGGUAAGCUUACACUUGGAACAUAUGAGGCAGUGGUCCUUUAGGAAAGCUAGCUCUGCAUGGAUACUGUCUGUAAGAGGUGACUGUGUAGAGAACAGGAACAAUUGCGGGCUUUUUUACCCUUCUGUCUCAAACCAAUAGGUUCACUCUUCUCUGCUCCAGAGAGCCCUAAUCUAUCGGCAAUAUUUCUCUAGAGGGAGAAAACAAGUUCUGCAUGCACUGACACAUCUGUGUCAGCAAUGAAUGUAACUGUAAAAUAGCUGAAUGCAUUCAGUGGAAGGGUUUUUUUUUUAAUGAAUAUUUGAAGCUCGUCACUAAAUGCAAUCAAAUUAAAACAACAAUGCUCCAAAAUGUAUAAGCAAUCCUUCCUGGAGAGUAGAGACACUUUCUCCAACAAAAGCAGGAUGAUCUCAUUUUAAUACCAUAAGGCACACUACCAAUGAACAUCUAUUUUCUGAUCUAUUUUCACACAAAAGGCGCACCAGAUUCUAAGGCGCAUUUUAAGCAACAAUAGUAAGGAACAGGGGUGUCGCCAUGUUUCUCUAUUAAUGGGAAAGCGCCUAAGUAAACAAAUUUCUAAUUCUUAAAAAAAAAAAACCAUUCUUUCAAAGUCAAACGAGCGUUGGUUAUUUAUCUACACAGAUUUCCUGAAAACUGCUUAUUUGGGUGAGUAAAUCGCUUCUGUUUAUUUACAGUAAGCUUAGAUUUCCAAUAUUCUCAACAGCACAAUUAGCAGUGCUUAGCGCUAGUAAAUGCCACCCGAUAGUGCUACACUGAGGAACCCUGAGUGUUCCGGUAUGUCAGGGCGAUAUCAGAUAGCGGUUCAUCCCACGUAGCUUGUUUUAACACCUUAAACACACACGCUACAGUCUGAUAUUAGCACGGUUAGCGGCUAAUGCUAAGACUGCUCCAGCCUCGGUGAUGGUGAAAACGUCUAUAUAAUGCUGUUCCUGGCUGUGUGAAUUCAUACAUAAGGUCACCAGCGAUUUUAUGGAAAGUUAAAGACUUUUAAGUGUUAAAAUUGAUUUCAGAAAAAACAGUGGAUGAGCAGGUGUCCCAUACUUUUGUCCAUAUAGUGCAAGUUUGAUAGUGUUGAUUCAGACUUGAUUCAGAGUGAAUGAAAGAACACAGUCGUUUAAUAGAACCACGUUGCCUCUUCCACUUUCAGCUCCACUUCAAGCCUUUACUUUAAAACCUCUCUAUAUGGCACACUGUUGACUUAUUCCUGUACUAAGACUUACCAAUAGACUUCUGACAGUAUUUUAGUGUGCACUGAAUGUAACUGUCCUACAAAGAUUGAAACAAAAAAUGUAAAGGUCCAUCAAACGCUCUGUAUCAUCACUAUGCUUUUUUUAAAAUGCCAUUACACAGAAGUUUCUCUGCCCUGUAUUUACAGAAAUGCUGGCGUUUAAUGGGACUCUGUAUGAAAUGUCUUUCUCUCUCACCUGCAUAGUCUUUGUAUCACAUCUCAAAUAAAACUGUAAUUUUC